UUUUUGACCUUCGAGUUUUUAUUUGCAUGUGUUACAUUUUUUGUGACCAGGAAAUGUAAAUAACGGCAGUAGGUCCAAACAACAGUCCCAGGGCAGAGAAAUUGCAGUAAAAUGUUCAACAGUUUGGAGAAAACGCUGUUAAUCGUGCUGUAAGAAUUGUCCAGCUACAGUUUCAUGUAUACACAAAAGCUAAAUAGUCACUAGCCUACUUUGCCUUUAAGAAUUCGUUUUUUCGUACGUUCUACUAACCCAAUGAAACCGUUUGGGCGGGCAGUAGCAGCGUACUGAGCCUACUUAGUGGUUUGUAUCGCACCAAUAGCUAUCGCGUAUUUGAAUGUUAAGGCGGGAUUAUUUUGUUGAAGGCCAAUCGAAAGUAGCGUUUGUUAGUGUGUUUACGGGAUGGCUGUACAGUCAUUUGUUUGCUAGUUUAGAAACAGAGCUGACUCAGGAACGGAUGGUGGAAUAAGUUUGGGAUUUUAUGCCCAAGUAACAUAUAUCAGAGAAAGUGUACAGUCCCUGUCGUUAUGAAGCUUACAGACGUGAAGAAGCUCAAAGUCGUCGAGUUGCGUGUCAAACUGAACGAACGGGGUCUCGAUACUAAAGGUUUGAAGGCCGAACUUGUGGCACGCCUUUGGUCUGCGCUCGAUCACCAAUCGAUUGCAGAGCAGCUGCCCAGUGGCGGAGAUGGCUCCUCCGCUUCUGAAGGAAUUCAUGUGGACAUGGAAGUAGAGCAUGAACAGCACACAUCUGAGACUCAACCUGUUCAAACAGACAUACAACCUCUGGUAAAUGUACUGCUUGAGACAGACGCCCAGCCCUGGGAAACAGUGAUCACUGGAGCCACUGACAUUUGCCCUAGCAAGGAAAGAGAUUCAACACACACAGAAACCCGAACCACUUCAUCAGAAUUAUCGUCGGUCGGUGAUGACGACAGUGCUCCAGAAUCAGGUAUUGGUAAUGUAAAUUGCCAUGUGAGCUCUACUGACCAUGUCGUUGAGUCCGUCACACAGCAAGAAAAGCUACAAGAAAUCGAAAAGCCAACUCCACACCGCUCGCUCUCACCAGAUCUCGCUAAUAAAGGGUCCAUUGCCUGUCAUCUAACGUCUUCCGAAGAGUAUUUCCACACAGCAAAAACAUUGGCAGAUAUCACCACAGAGACGGGGAACCUCUAUAAAUGUCACGUUGCUGGUGAAGAGGAUAAAUCCGAGAUAUCCACCCCAUCAUUUACACAAACUGACAUUAACGGGGCAGGAGAGGAACAUAAUGAACAGUUGAAAAGCAUGAACACAACUUCAUGCGGACCCAUAACACUACUGAAGGAUCAGGAAGAAAAUCAAAGGAACAAACGGCCUCAGGAGGGAAAGGACAGGGGCUACUAUGAGUUCAAAGAGGAAGUCCAGUAUAACAGAGCCAAGACCCUUGACUCGAACACCGAAGACAAUGAAGACAAUGAAGUUGAUGAGCAGCUAGUUGUAUUAGAUUCUUAUAACAGUGACCUGCACUUUAAGGUGGGAGAGGAUGGGAUGAGUGGACAGCCUCUUCUGUGGGAGAAGUUUCCUCUCCUGUGGUCAGGCUGUAGACUGAGUCAUGGGGUACAAUAUGGGAAGGUCAUCUUUGAGGUCAAGUAUGUGGAAAGGCUGUUGCCUUGUGUUCUGGAGGAGGGGAUGGACCCUGAACCCCAUGCCUUGAGGGUGGGCUGGUCCAUAGACAACACCAGUCUACAGCUGGGUGAGACGGAGUCGUCUUACGGCUUUGACAGCAGAGGCCGGAAAGUGACGCAGGGACGGGAAGAGGACUUCGGAGAGCCGUUUUCAGAGGGGGAUGUCAUCAGCUGCUAUGCAUGGAUCAGCGACACAGAGGAAUCGGAGCUCUCCUUCUACAAAAAUGGCCGCUCAUUGGGUGUGGCUUUUCGACUGGACCCCUCCCAACUCAAGGGUCACGCCCUCUACCCCCACGUCCUGUGCAAAAACUGCUCUGUAUCCCUAAACCUUGACCCUGUGGGUGCCCCCUGGUACUGUGGACCUGCUGGGUUUACCCCUCUCUCUGCCCUCCAACCGCACAAGAGGACUCGGGCUCCACGGCCUCCGGCAUCAAGGGAGGAGUGUGAGGUGGUGAUGAUGGUGGGCAUGCCAGGCUCAGGGAAGACCCACUGGGCCCAGACCCUCAUGGCUCAGCACCCAGAGCAGCGCUACAACCUGCUGAGCACAGACACCGUCUUGGCCUGCAUGAGGGGAGUGGGCGGAUGUGCUGUAGGAGGAGUGGGUGGCGGUGCCCAGAGGGAGGUUGUGCUUCAGCAGGCCUCUCAGUGCCUCACACAGCUCAUCAGGGUGGCAACUGGCAAGAGACGCAACUACAUCCUGGACCAGACAAAUGUCUACCCAUCGGCUCGGCGACACAAGAUGCUGCUCUUCAGCGGCUUCCGCCGGCGGGCAGCGGUGGUGUUUCCGUCGGACGAGGAGUGGCAGAGGCGUCGGGCACGGAACAAGACCAAGGAAGUGCCUGAGGUUCCUCUCCUGAAAGUUAAAGUGAGUUUCACGCUGCCAGAGACGGGAGAUCGCCUGGAGGAGGUGCUGUUCACGGAGCUGCCCAGAGAGGAGGCGCAGAGACUCCUGACUGGGUAUAAAGAGGAGGCACGCCGCCUCCUGCCAUCGCCCCCUAAACGCAAGAAACACCGAAACAAACGCAGCCAAGCUCCUCCACCUGGCCGCACGCCGUGGAACACAGGAUCCUACAGAAGGCACCCAGGAUGGAUGAACCAGCUUCCAAAUGCCCCCCCGCCACACUGGGCCCCUCCACCAAGACAAGAUAUGUAUGGCUACCAGGGAUCCAGGAAUGCCUACGGCUACCAUGCUGGACAGUGGAAUGCAUAUUACGGAGCCCCUGGACAUUUCAGUGACCCAAACUACAUGUAUGGGGCUGACCAAUCGUACUGGUGAAAAAAGGACCUACAAACUUCUGAAGUGGCUGAUGCACUCAUUGUACUUCCAAUUAAUUGAAUCAGGGAUGCAUAGUCAGAGAACAUACAGAUUUUAGAAUUGAAAUGGAAAAGGUAUUUUAGGUAUAACAAAAUAAGUUUUUAUUGUGUUUAAGACAUCUAUUACCCACUGUUUUUGGAAGAUAGAAAAUGCUGUUGAGAACACAUUUAGUUAGUUCGUUCCUGUCCAUGGCCAACACAUUGAAACAGCAGCUGGUGAAAUGAGUGCGAUAUCUAAGCUUUUAUGAGAAAUGUUAUAUCAUAGUACCUGCCAUUUUAAAGGCAUGAUGGUUCUGAAUUGGAUGGUUUGAAGUUGAACAUGGUUUUUAAAAGGGAGCCCUUUACUUAAAUGAACACUUAAGCAGGUGUUGCUCCUCUCACCGGUGGUAUUUCAAUAAGAAGUUGCACAGUACACACAUUAAUAUGAUGUGGUGUUGACGGUUGGCAUGCACAGAUAAACACUAGUGACCAUGAGUGAAUGUAGCGUCGUAUUAAUACACUAUAGCGCAAGGAGACCUUUCAAAACUGAUCACCUACAACCUCAGGAAACAGAACCAAUGUGUAAGGCUUAUUUUGUGUACAUUGUUGUGGUAUUGUGGUUCUCGCGCUCUCUCUAAAUGAUUGCAUCUUUUCCUUCAAGGAUGUAUACUGAAUGUUUAUGAUAACUU